CACCCUCGCCGCCGCGACACACAUCGCCGUCGUCGGAGGAGGAGACACCAUGGCGGCGGCGGCCUUCUCAUGCUGCCAUGGCGCCGGCGGCAUGGUGGUGAUCGUGGUGGUGGUGAUGGCGAUGUUGGGAGGGGUGGUCGCCGGCGGGGAGCCGCCGUUCUCGUGCGGCGGGGCGGCGGCGGGCGGCGGGCAGGGGUACGCGUUCUGCGACGCGACGCUGCCGGCGGAGCAGCGGGCGGCGGACCUGGUGGCGAGGCUGACGGCGGCGGAGAAGGUGGCGCAGCUCGGGGACCAGGCGGCGGGCGUGCCGCGGCUGGGCGUCCCGGCGUACAAGUGGUGGUCGGAGGCGCUCCACGGGCUGGCCACCUCCGGCAGAGGGCUCCACUUCGACGCCCCCGGCUCCGCCGCGCGCGCCGCCACCAGCUUCCCCCAGGUCCUCCUCACCGCCGCCGCCUUCGACGACGACCUCUGGUUCCGCAUCGGCCAGGCCAUCGGCACGGAGGCGAGGGCGCUGUACAACAUUGGCCAGGCAGAGGGGCUGACCAUGUGGUCCCCCAACGUGAACAUCUUCAGGGACCCGCGGUGGGGCCGUGGCCAGGAGACCCCCGGCGAGGACCCCACCAUGGCGAGCAAGUACGCCGUCGCCUUUGUCAAGGGGAUGCAGGGGAACUCGUCGGCGAUCCUCCAGACCUCCGCGUGCUGUAAGCACGUCACCGCGUAUGACCUCGAGGAUUGGAACGGUGUCCAACGCUACAAUUUCAACGCAAAAGUGACGGCGCAGGAUCUAGAGGACACAUACAACCCGCCGUUCAGGAGCUGCGUGGUGGACGCCAAGGCUACGUGCAUAAUGUGCGCCUACACUGGCAUCAAUGGCGUCCCGGCCUGCGCGAACGCCGACCUCCUGACCAAGACCGUCAGGGGAGACUGGGGCCUGGACGGGUACAUCGCCUCGGACUGCGACGCGGUCGCCAUCAUGCGUGAUGCGCAGCGCUACACACAGACGCCGGAGGACGCCGUCGCCGUCGCCCUCAAGGCCGGAUUGGACAUGAACUGUGGCACCUACAUGCAGCAGCACGCCACGGCGGCGAUCCAGCAGGGGAAGCUGACGGAGGAGGACAUCGACAAGGCGCUCAAGAACCUCUUCGCCAUCCGGAUGCGGCUCGGGCACUUCGACGGCGAUCCCAGGAGCAACAGCGUGUACGGCGGGCUCGGGGCUGCCGACAUCUGCACACCGGAGCACAGGAGCCUCGCGCUCGAGGCGGCGAUGGACGGCAUUGUCUUGCUCAAGAACGACGCCGGCAUCCUCCCGCUCGACCGGACGGCGGUGGCCUCCGCGGCAGUCAUUGGCCCCAAUGCCAAUGAUGGCCUGGCCCUCAUCGGCAACUAUUUCGGCCCGCCGUGUGAAUCGACGACGCCGCUCAACGGCAUACUGGGGUACAUCAAGAACGUGAGGUUCCUCGCUGGUUGCAAUUCGGCGGCCUGCGACGUAGCCGCCACGGACCAAGCUGCUGCGGUAGCGAGCUCUUCGGAUUAUGUCUUCCUGUUCAUGGGGCUCAGCCAGAAGCAGGAGAGCGAAGGGCGCGACAGGACAAGCCUGUUGCUCCCCGGGGAGCAGCAAAGCCUCAUCACCGCCGUAGCCGACGCGGCGAAGCGCCCUGUGAUCCUGGUGCUCCUCACCGGUGGCCCGGUGGACGUCACGUUCGCGCAGACGAACCCAAAGAUCGGCGCCAUCCUGUGGGCUGGUUACCCAGGGCAAGCUGGUGGUCUCGCCAUCGCCAGGGUGCUCUUCGGUGACCACAACCCCGGUGGGAGGCUGCCAGUGACAUGGUACCCAGAAGAGUUCACCAAGGUGCCCAUGACGGACAUGCGGAUGCGUGCCGACCCAGCCACCGGCUACCCUGGCCGGAGCUAUCGCUUCUACCAGGGCAAGACCGUCUACAAGUUCGGCUACGGUCUCAGCUACUCCAGCUACUCACGUCAGCUGGUCUCUGGUGGUAAGCCAGCAGAGUCCUACACCAACCUACUUGCUAGUCUGAGGACAACAACAACAUCAGAAGGUGAUGAGAGCUACCACAUUGAAGAGAUCGGCACUGACGGCUGUGAGCAGCUCAAGUUCCCGGCGGUUGUGGAGGUGCAGAACCAUGGCCCCAUGGAUGGCAAGCACUCUGUGCUCAUGUACCUCCGGUGGCCGAAUGCUAAGGGCGGCCGCCCGACAACCCAGCUGAUCGGUUUCAGGAGCCAGCAUCUCAAGGUAGGGGAGAAGGCCAACAUCAGGUUUGACAUCAGCCCAUGUGAGCACUUCAGCAGGGUAAGGAAAGACGGCAAGAAGGUGAUCGACAGAGGGUCUCACUACCUCAUGGUUGACAAGGAUGAGUUAGAGAUUAGAUUCGAGGCCUGAGUUUUAGAUGGAGGGAAGGAAUUACAGGUGGUGCAUACGGUGCAAUUCUUUCACUGUAUAAUUUAUUUGUUGCAGUGGUUAUGAUUCAGUUGCCUCGGAAACUGAGGUUUCUAGGCUCCAGGAGAUGUGUUUAGCACCUUUUCAGGUAUAGCUCACACAUUAUUCCAGACCAGAAAUGUCUCCCAGACUCCCGGUAUCUUUGAAAUGGAUAGUCUGGGGAACAUGUAAAAUGGAUUAUUGAUUUACCACCUCACAAUUAACGAGCAAUAAUAUUUUAUACCCUUCUCUG